AUGGAUGAAUAUAAAAAUUUAACAAAUGAAAAAAGACAUUUAGCAGAAAACAGCGAAGAAGAAGAACAUGAAGAGGAAGAAGAUAUUAUCGAAUUUGAUGCAGAAACGUAUUAUACUGCAAUUCAGAAUAUAAUUACCCCAGAAAAUUCUGAAAUCUUUGCAGAAUCUAUAUACAUCGUUAGUGUAUGUACUAAAAUUGAAGAUGCUGCCAUUGAAUUUCUUAAAUACAAAGUAGAUAAUGCGUCCAUCCUUAAAUACCUCUUAAAAAUGCUACAAAAUGACCUGGAAAUUCAAACAAUACUUAGUAUAUUUCAAAUAUUCACCAAUUGUGUGAUUCUUGGUGACUGUGCAAAUGAAUUUUACGAUUCUGACUUAUAUUUAGUAAUAAGUACACUUAUGCAUAGCGAUUUACAAGGUGAUAGACAGGGAAUUGCUGAUUUUAUUAAUGAACAUAUCGAAUUUACAAAUGAAAUUUUACAUUUUUUAAAUGCGCUUUCAUCUCAAGAAAUUCCAGAGGAAAACAUAAAUUCUUGCAGAAUAUUUUGGUCAGAUUUAUUAAAAUUUCCUGUGAUUUCAUUAGAAACUGAAAUAGAAAUGUUGAAUUCAAAUUCAUUCGAAAUAAUUUACAAUAUACUUAAUUCUAAAGCAAAAUUAUCAACAUCUAUUAUAUACAAUGGGUUUGUAAGAAUAGCUUUCCAUAGAUUGGCUCAAUUUUCAACUGAUUUUGAUCGAUCAUAUAUUUGUUUACGAUUUUUGAUGGAAGAUGAUCCAUUGAACACAACAGAAGAAUUUCCUGAAGACUGGCUCCAAGUUUUUGGUACAUUUCUUACUGAAGAUCACGAUUUCAAUCAAAUUAAUAAAAUAUUAAAAAUUAUUUAUCAUGCAACAAAGCAUCCGUUACUAAGAAAGAAUAUGAAAGAGGCUGAUUACAUAAAUUUACUUAUUCAAUACAGCGAAAACUCGAAUUUUAAAAAUCGAGCAAUAUCUCUUAAAAUUUUGCUUUGUUUGCUAAAUGAUCCUAAUGAUCCGAUGUUGGUAAACUUCAUUAUUGAUCAAGGUAAUUUAGAAUUCUUGUUGCCUUUCCUUGAAGUUGAAAAUCAAAAAAUUAAUAAAAUUAUUGUUUUUCAACUUCUUGAAAUCAUUAAAUAUUUCGAUGAAAAUGUUGAAUUACUUGAUGCAAUUCUCAAUUCUGAAGAAGUAUUAAAUUAUAUCCAAGAAAUUGCAGAUCUUGACGAAGAUGAAUCAUCAUCACCUCAAAUGAUUGAAGCUGCUUAUAUGAUAAUGGAGGAAAUUCGCGCGAGAGUUGAAAAAGAAUGA